AGUCCUUUGUUCUCCCUUGGAAGGUUUCUGUCCUUGAGCUGAGAGGCACGUGAUUCGGCUGCAUGCUUUUGGAACAUGCACGGGGAGCCCUGUUUCAACUAAACAUAUUCAGUUUAUUACCAUGGGUGGAAAAAAAACUAAACUAAAAAACUAAAUGUUACAUUCUUUCUGUUCAAUAACUCUGGUUUCAGCCAUAUAAACAGCUAUUCAAACAGCUUUAACUAUUUGAAGUGGAAGGUACGUAGUGAUACUACGUAUAGCAUGGCUCACAAUUUACAUAUGUGUACCAUACAUCACAUGGCCAUAAGUAUGAGACAUUACACAUCCAUAUGCCGAAUAUCUCAUAUUCCAAAGCAAUGGGUAUCAAUAUGCUACUAUAACAGCCUCCACUAUUCAGGGAUUUUUCUCCCAUUUCAGUGAGGCUGAUACCUGAUAUGGAGGACAUGACAGUUUGUCUUAUUUUCUGAAUUGUGCCAGUAAAAAGGGAGGCAAAUUUGAUGUAUUAUUUAGUGGAUAACAGUGCAGGGGCUACUGAAACAGAGGGGGGUUGUCAUCCUGUUAACAGUAGCAAAUAUGACAUAUGGAUUUUCAUUGUUUUUGGCAAUAAUGUCAGAGAAGAAUGACUGGGACAAAUGCUAAGUCUUUCUUAAUUAUGUCAUAACGAACCUAUUUUUUGCUAAUUGCAUUGCAUUCAGUUUUUUAACACUUUUUUAUGUGCAUGUCAUUUCUCAAUGGUGGGUGUUUUCUUACCUGAGACCACACAAUGGCAUCAAUAAUAUUUGUAAUUUUAGGACUGGAAUUAUUGACAAAAAUCAUAGACUGAAAAACCCAAGUGGGGGAAGGGUGGAAGAGAAAGGCUGAAUGAAUAAUUCACUGGUGUUUUCAGCGAUAGUCAUCUCAGUGGAAACACAGGAAUGAUCAGAAAGAGCAACAUCAGUCACCGCAACCAUAGAAAUGUUAAGACUAUAGUUAUUCAGAGUACAACACAGUUCUGUAGCGUCGCUGCCCUACAGGUUGUCAACAUGAAUGUUUAAAAUCAUCAAAUACUACUGCCUCAAAGUCAAUACAGAGACAGCAGGUCUCGAGUUUAUGUCCACGUACUUUUGCCCAUACAGUGCAGUUAAAGCUGCAGUUACUCUGCCACAAACUGGAUGUCGCUACAAGGCAACUUCCACUGGUCCAACACGGAAAUUCACCUCGGAAGAAACACAGACUGCACUUCACUGGUUCCGCAUAGGAAAAAAAAACAGCCAAUGCAGUCCUCCCUUACAGCCAAUAUCUGACAUCGAUCAGUGAUUAACCGUACAGCCGGACACUGGCAUGUAACUCGGCAGUGUUGAAGCUUAGCUUAGUCUGCAUCAGCACCGACUAGUGAAGACAGUGUUCGAGCAGAAGAUAUGAACAGGGUGUGGAUGUAUUAGCCUGGUAGCAAGCUCACCUGUUUGUGUUGUGGUGCUGGUGAUGGAGCACAUCGAGGAGUCUUCGCCCCUCCGGAUCACCCCGACCGUCCGGGCGCUGAGCUCCGCACUGCGGGGGAAGCGUGAAAAUGUCCACGAUUCCAGGCGGGAAAACGGCGACAGGAUCUUCCCAGAGCCGGAGAAGCUUUGGUUCAAGGAGAGCAGCGCUAAAAACCUGCGUAACAGGGACUUCUUAUCGCCGACCACGAUGCUCAACACGCUGUAUGCGGAUGGACAGGUCCCUCCAGCAGUGAUGUCCAGAGUGCUGUCCCUCUGUGGCAGUGGGGUUCUCCCUGUGGCUGGUGGGGAAGUCAUGGGUGAGGGGUUGAGGGUGAGGGUGGACCGAGCUGCAGCCUUCAAGGCUGUCCUGGCAGAUGGAGCCACAGAGUACCUGAAGCCCUCGAGUCAGAGGCAAGGCUGUGUGGUGCUCAACUGCCCGGCACUGCACCCUAAACCCAACACACCCACUCCUGAUACACUGACUCUGGGCCAGCUGAGGACUGUGCUGUUGGCUGAUCACAUGGGAGCGCUGUUGAGAAGACAAGGAUUCACAGUGUCCUAUUGCCCCACACUUCCCGAAGACAGCGACAUCAUCACCUUCCUCCGAGCUCUUGGCAUUGACUGGCCGACAGCUCCAGCUAACUGGACCAACGAGGAGCGGGAGGAGAAGAUUCAGGAGGCGCUGGAGAACUCCCCGUACAGAGAGAGCGAAAUGGAAAGAGGCAGGAGAACAAGCGGAGGAGGAGGAGGAGGAGGGAGGAAGGCAGAGGAGGGGGAAAACGAGGGAGCGCUCAGGGUCAACCUGAAACGAGUGUUCCAGGAGGAGGGGCUGCUGGGAUACGACCCCAGCCUUGGUACCUGCACAGUACACAGAGACAGUGUUUCCCACCUGGCACAACUGGACCUAGCCACUGCUGACUGCACAGUAGCCAUGGCAACAGCGUUACAUGUGACUUCCUGUCAGGAUGAGUUCCGCCAGCAGCAGAUAGCAGUGCUGUGGAGAGCCAGUGGAGUGACACACACACAGAGACAUCUGGUGUGUGGGCCCGUGAAGACUCCUGGCUCUCACCUCACCGCUGCACAGUAUCUGCAGCUGAGAAGAGGUCAGAUGAAGGAGGCCUCAGAGAUGAAGUAUGGAGAUCAAGUAGAAGGUCAGACGUGGGAUGACAUCAUCAGGGUCAUGACCUCUGCCACUGUAAGAUUUGAGCUGCUGUCAACGGUCCACACCAGUCCGGUGACACUGGACGUCCAGAGGGAAGGGGGCGUGUCCACCAAAGGGCCCAGAGGAGGAGUGUUUGUGAUGUAUAACUGUGCCAGGCUGCACACUCUGUUCGACAGCUACGAGAGAGGAGUGGAGAAGGGUCUGUACCCAGAAAUCCCUGAAGGCUCCCAGCUCGACUUCUCUGCUCUGAAAGAAGAGGGCGAGUGGCUCCUCCUGUUCAAUUACCUCAUCCCGUUCUCCGAGCUGCUGGACCAAUCAGGACAGGCAUUAGAUUGUGAAGGGGGAGGAGCCAGAGUCAAUAUUAAGACUGAACAGAUCUGUAAAUUUCUCGUGUCUCUCAGUAAAGACUUCAGCUCGUACUACAACAGAGUCCAUGUGCUGGGGGAGCCGCUGCCUCAUCUCUUCAACCAGAUGUUUUGUCGUCUGCAUCUGUUGAGAGCGUUGAGAGAGCUUUACCACAGCGCUCUGGACAUACUUAACCUUCCCCCCAUCAGGCAACUAUAGCCUCGAAAUAAUUCACUCAUCCUGUGAUCACUGUCGGCCCUAUUGUCCCAUCAAUCUCACAGAAACACACUCUCACCGAUGUUGUUCAAUUGUAGCUUCACGUUUAGUAAUGACAAUGUAUUCAACUACAACACACAGUCACCUUUCCCUGUUUGUGGCAAUGUUACAGCACAGUCUGUGCCCACUGUCAGUGUAGCUGGCCUUACUGUAAUUGUUAAAAUAGUCAAAGGACGUCAUCACACAUAAAUAACGUAAUGCGACGUCAGUAAACCCUAAACUCUGCAUACUGAGCUCAGCUCGAUCUGGUCGGGUAGAUUUUCCUGGAAAUGUUGAGCUGUUUGUUAGUUGAAGAAAUAGUUUGAUGUUUCAGGAAGUAAGCUUAUUUGCCUGUUACUGACAGUUACAGGAGAAGUUUUAGUCCUCUCUGACGUCUUUACAGUAAAUAUGUAGCUACUGCAAAGAGUGUAAAAAUCAUUACGUGUCGGACUAUUUUGUGAGUGGGGUUAGUUGCCUGGAGACAGCAGUAAGAUAAUGGUCCCAGUCGAGAAAUGUCUGACACAUGAUCCCUUAAAACAUUGUGUUGUUUUACACUUUGGUCUUUGUACGUAUUAAACAAGCCAAUUAAAGAACACUGACAUCAUGUUGUCAUGGUGCUUUUGAGUUUCAGCUGCUCAUAUUUACUGUACAUACGAGAAAGUGGUAUCAAUCUUAUCCUCCACUCUCUGUAAGAAAGCAAAUAAGCAAAUUAUUCCCAAGAUGUCAAACUGUUUCUUUAAGUUUGAAUUUGUUGCUAAAUCUAAAUUUUUCCCUUUUAUAAGUAUACCAGGCAUCUGAAUUUCAACAGCCAAAUAGGCCAAAUCUACAGUGUUUCAGUUAGCAAAGAUGAGAUGCUUUUUCCUGUUGGAGCCCUACUUUGAAUUUUUAAAUUCUGCUCUAAUCAUGUGACCAUACAGGACAUUUAUGUGCCCUGUGACCACAAACGUUUCUCCGAUUUGGUGCCAAAAUCCCACUAGUUGUUAAGACACCCAUCUAAACUGUAGUGACCCCCCCCCCCCACCCCC